AUGCAUAAUUUGUUUGUUAAGUGUAAUCAUGAAACCACUACCAUCAAUGUACGAAGAUCAAACGAAACCUCAACGACCCAAGAAUUGAAAGAACGAGAAGUGCACACGGGUAAUUAUUAUUACUUGUAAGGUACAUUUCCCUUCCGAGUAUAUACACUAUAAUCCUAUUUUCUUUUCUAUCAAUGUAAGUUGAUAUCAGAGACAGUGAUUCUUCGCACUCGAAUGACUCAAUUGGCAUGGUGAAGAUUGUUCAGAAGAAGUCAUCGGUAAUAUUUGUUUUCCAUGCAAUUUUUAACGUUUAUAUACGGGUAGAAACCUUAAUAUUAUAUUAAGUAUUAUUUAAUUUUUUACAUUAUUACAGGAUAUUGAGAGCAGAGGAAUGCCACCAACCGAUAACUGUAAUUUAAGUAGCAACAUAGAAAACAG